CACAACAACACCACGGCCCAGCGGCCACGGGGUUAAAAGCCGGGGCAUUCCCAGGGUGUGUAAGUGUACCUCCUCGUCGAGGGCCACCCACCACGCCUCUCUACCACUCCGUGAUUCGGAGUAAGGGAGACCCAAGAUGCCGUUCCAACACCAACGCCGGGGGGCACCACCCCCCAAGAGAGCCCUCGUUGCCACCAUUUCUGCGGUCUCGCUGUUCAUCCUCGCGCUCUUCGCUCUCGCACAGCUCAGCUCGACCCCGGCCGAGGGGAAGUUUGCUGCAAGAUUUCAAAACGCUGAGCAUGCGGACAACCCGUUCCUCUCCAGGUCGAGAGCCGCUGCGGCCGGCGACAAGUACCUCAUUGGGGUAGGCAAGGCCGACAUCACAGGCCCGGUGGUUGAGAUCAACUUUGCCGGCUAUGCCAACACGGAGCAGAUCGGUUCUGGCUUAAGGCAGCGCAUCUACGCCCGCUCUUUCAUUAUCGGUGAAGUCGGCACAGACAACCGAUUUGUCUACCUCAUUCUCGACGCCAUGUGUGGUGAUACCGCAGUGCGCAACGGUAUUCUUGAAGGGUUGGCUGCCAUGGGAUCUGGCUACUCCAUGUACGGACAGUCGAACGUUGCUGUGGUCGGCACACACUCGCAUAGUGGGCCGGGUGGCUGGUUCAACUACCUCUUGCCGCAAAUUACCAGUCUCGGUUUCGACCACCAAGGCUACCAAGCUAUUGUUGACGGUGCUCUGUUAUCGGUUAAGAGGGCGCACGACUCGCUCCAGGAGGGCUACCUCGACUUUGGCACCACUCACAUUUCAGAGGCCAACAUCAACCGGAGCCCAUACUCGUAUCUCGCUAAUCCCGAGUCGGAGCGUGUGCAGUACACAGAUAAUGUCGACAAGACGCUUACCCUGCUGCGAUUCCAGAGAGCGUCUGAUAAUAAGAACAUUGGCGUUCUGACCUGGUUCCCCGUUCACCCAACGUCUAUGCUCGGCAACAACACCCACGUCACCGGCGACAACAAGGGUCUCGCGGCGUACCUUUUCGAACAGUCGGUCAAGGGGAACGACCAAGCCGCCGACGGCUUUGUGGCCGGCUUCUCCCAGGCUAAUGUGGGCGACACGACCCCAAACAUCCUGGGCGCUUGGUGCGAAGACGGCUCUGGUCAGGAGUGUGAUUUCCAGACCAGCACUUGCGCCGAUGGCAAAUCACAGUCAUGCCACGGCAGAGGGCCCUUUUUCCGGAAGCUCGAUCUCGGUGUGACUAGCUGCUUCGAUAUCGCCUCGAAGCAGUUUUCGGGGGCCAAGGAGCUUUAUGACUCAUUCGACUCCAAAUCAACGGCCGUUGCAGGUUCGAGCGUCCGAUCGUUCCACUACUUUCAAGACAUGCAGUACUACAAGUUCCCCCUGGACAAUGGUACUGAGGUGCAAACCUGCCCAGCUGCCCUUGGAUACUCGUUCGCUGCAGGAACUUCCGAUUGGCCUGGCGCUUUCGACUUCACUCAAGGUGACGAGGGGGCGCCCAAUAACCCUCUAUGGCAAGUCGUGGCUGGUCUGCUUCGUGUCCCCAGCGCCGAGCAGAAGAAGUGCCAAGGGCAAAAGCCAAUUCUUCUCGACGUCGGUGAGAUGGACCUUCCCUACGCGUGGUCUGCCAACAUUGUCGAUGUCCAGUCGUUCCGCGUGGGCCAAUUCAUCAUCGUCAUUUCCCCGUCCGAAGCGAGCACCAUGGCCGGCCGGCGCUGGCGGAACGCCGUCAAGGCUGCUGCGUCUGAGUCCUCCAUAACCGGUGACCACGAACCCUUCGUCGUUCUUGGCGGUCCGGCCAACUCGUAUGCCCACUACGUCACCACGCCAGAGGAGUACAAUGUACAGCGAUACGAAGGUGCGAGCACUCUGUACGGACCGUGGGAGCUACCCGCCUACAUCAAUUUGACCCUCCGCGGCCUGCCCUACCUCAACGAGGCCGCCUCAGACAGCCCCCCGCCCGGGCCCACGCCGCCAGACAACCGCGAGAAGAGCUUGAGCUUUAUCACGGGCGUAGUCUUAGACGCCGCUCCCGCCGGAAAAAGUUUCGGCGCCGUCAUAACCCAGCCAGCAGCCUCAUCCGCCCGCGGUUCUGUCGUCAGUACCACUUUCGUUGGCGCUAACCCGCGGAAUAACCUCCGUCUGGAAGGCACCUUCGCCGCGGUUGAGAAGCUGGGCAGCGACGGGGAGACAUGGACUCAGGUGCUGAGUGAUAAUGACUGGCGGCUGGUGUACAGCUGGAAGCGCACCAACUUUGUGCUGGGCCACAGCGAGGUGACCAUCGCCUGGGAGACCGGCGAUGAGGACGCGGCCGGCACGUACCGGAUCAAGUAUUAUGGCGACUCGAAGCCGUUGAUUGGGGAUAUCACGGCGUUUACAGGGACGACUGACGCGUUCACGCUGACGUAAGGAUAUAUUGGAUGUUCGUGGAGGAUUUCUAAUGUAAUGACUGAUGACGGAAUUUUGGAUAUCUAGUCUUAGUACAUAUUCUAUAUAUUAACAAUGUAGAUUCCGCCGUCUGGGUAGCGUUGUGCUCCUUUAUGUCGCCUACAUUUCGUGAUACAAAUUCGACUGCGUUAACUAACCCCUUGAUUCUCCAACUGACCGGUACAAUCUGAAUUCUCCCCUCCUUUAUGAGAUGUCCGUAAAUCCCUUACCAAAGCAUCCCUGUGACCUCUGACACUUAUUGUA